GUCUUCUCUUCGGGUCAAUUUACGAUAUUCAAUUCUCUCUCCGUCAAAUCUCCAGAUCAGGUCGUCAAGAUGGCUCUCACCAUGAAACAGAUGUCACUGCUUGUGGCCGCUUUUGGUGUAUUGUCCUUCCUAUUAGGGGUAAUCGCAGAAAACAAGAAGCCUGCGUCUGGAACUCCCAUUCCUUUAAAAGAUUCGAUUAUAUGCAAGUAUCCAGGAGAUCCAACCGUAGUCUUGGGGUAUCUAUCUGUGGUAUUCCUGAUCGCUGCCACUGUGGUUGGAUAUAUAUCUCUGUUUUACCCAUACAAGGGAAAAUCUGUUCCACAGUCUGUUCUGUUCCGGAGUACUAGUUUCACCAUCUUCUUCAACAUUGCACUGAUAACUUCUGGAUUGGCAGCAUCACUGCUAUUGUGGCCAACCAUCACAGAGCAACUUCAUCUGACUCGCAAUGUUCACCGCAACCCCAAUACCGAUUGCCCCACAGCAAAAACUGGUCUUCUUGGUGGCGGCGCCUUUGUUUCUCUUGAUUCAGCUCUCUUCUGGCUAGUCGCUUUGAUGUUGGCUGACAAUGCCCGAGAAGACCAUUUCGAUGAAGAUUUACCCUCAACUCUCAAGACAACAACCAUAUGAUGAUUUAUUUUGACUAGGGCAAACCAAAUGAAAUGAAAAAAAAAUCUCUUGUGUGUAACACAUGUUAUCUCUAUGAUUUUCAGUAAGGAUUUUCUUAUCCAUGUUAAUGUAAUAGAAAUUAUUUUUCUGGCUUUUAAUUGUCUGUUUCCUGGUAUGUAUAGCAGAAGCUUGUUUUCA